AUGUAGUAGUUCGUUCAUUUCCCCGUUUAGAUGAUGAUACCCAUGCCAAUACCGUAUGGAAUCAUUCAAACAUGUCCAAACGCUUCUGGCUCGCCUUAACCUCAAGUAAGCGCUUCCCAAAGCUCUUCGCCCUAAUAAAAAUACUAUCCUAACCCUUCUAUUUAAAUUCCCCAAAUUCAUUCACAAAGUCCCCCUCCUAAAUGUUAAAACAAGAAAAUCUCCUCUGCAAGCAAAAAGAAGGACUCAAGCAUUGAGAUUAUUGAGUGCCCAACAUCACCUUUUUCUGCUUCAGAAGAAUAGCAAGCAACAAACAAAAUGGCUAAGAAUGGAGGUCGAUCAAGAACAUCUAAAAAAGCAGACAAGAAGCGUAAUGAAAAGAUAGAUAAUUCAAACAAAUAAACUCCUGACUUUUACUCUUCAACUUCAUUAGGAGUAAAGGUAAAGUCGAAUCAAGAGUCAGCAUUAAAAUUAUAAGCAGAUAAAUCUACUUAGAAUCAAGCUGCUUCUACUCCUUGCAAAAGAGUGACUCGUAACUCCUCAGCUGCUGCAAGCAGAAGUCCUGAUUAAGAAAAAAUAAAGAAUCAAAUGAACUCUGCUUACUAAAGCCAUCAUCAUUCUUCCUCUACUCAAAAUGGUCAGCACAAAAAAGAGAGAUAACAUAACUCACCCAUGCAGAAUUUCCAUGAUGAUCAUCAACAUCCAUCAGAAGUAAUUAUUGAAUCAGACAAUACAAGCAGUAUUGAAUUCAAAGAUUGCAUUUUAGUUGAUGAUUCCGUGUAAGAAAUAGAUAUGAAUAGAUAAACAAAGCAAAAAUAAAUUAAUUACAAGUAUACUUGUGAUUAAAAUAAGAGGUAGAAUGAUUAAACAGAAGACAUAUAUCAGCAGCGAAACUAACACAGUGACUAGUGUUAAAACUAACAAAUAUAAAAAGAAAAGUAGAAUUUUAAACCAUAAACCUAAAUAAACAAUUAAAUUCCUUAAAAUAGCAUGGAUUGUACAAACACGCAAUCAAAUAAUUUAAAUAUCAGUUAAGCAACAAAUUUUCUUCCUUCAAAUUCAACCCAAUAUUACCCUUGUUUUUUUUAUCUUAACAAUUAUAAUAACGGAUUUAACUAGAAUGCAUAUCAAUAGUAAUUCAGUAUUUCACAGUCGCCCCUUCUAAAUUAAUAGUAUACUCAACUUUAAGAUAAAUAAACUCAUGAAUAUUAGAAUUUAUCUCCUCAAAAUAAGUCUUCUUUACAAGAUAAGGCACAAUAAAGACAUUCAAAUGCAGAUUAAGAUUCCUUACCAACAAGAGGCAAAAAUCAUUCCUAUACCAGUCAUGCACAUUCUCAGAACAUUUCUUCAGUCCACAAUCACAAUAGUUAAUAGGAAUCUUCCCUUGUAAUUAUUGAUUAGCCAGAAUCUGAAACUAAAUAGGAAUCUGUUAAAAAAGAUUCAAAAAUCUCAUCAGCAAGAAGGACCAGAGGUAAUAUAAACUCUUAAGUUUAAGAAAUUAAUUUAGAUGAUAAAUCUAAGAGAACAAGAAAGUACAAUACUUUUUACAAUAAUGGAGAUUUCAUUUCAGGUGAUUAUAUGUUUAUGGGUAAAAAACUCACAAACAAAAGACAAAAUCCUGUUUAAUAUAAUCCUAUUUUGAAGAAGAAAAACUAAAGAUCUCAAGUCGAUAUUAUAUCAUCCUCUAAAUCCCUAUAAUCUUCAAUGCUUGAAAUUGUUUAAAAUAAUGAAAAAUUAGCUAAUCAAAAAACAAAAAAUCUCUUUUUAUAAAGCGUUAAACCAUCUGAAAUUGCAAGAGCAUCAGAAAAGGCUUCUAAAAAUGUCUUCACUCUACCACUUUCUAAAAGAAAACCAUAAAGAAAGACUUCUGACGAAGUUCAUUAUGGUUCUGCAUUUUUCUUUUAAGACUACAAAUAAAAAUUUAUUGAAGAAAAGUUUGAUGAAGAUACUAUUUUUUUAGUUAACAACAAUAACCAAAAUGUAGAAGUUAAGGUGUAAAGAACUCCUUUAGAUAAAAGUGUUAGCCUUGCUAACAAAAAGACAAACGGGCAAGUUAUAGAUCCGUUAGCUAAAGUAUCUAAUAAAUUUGACGAUUGCAGUAGAAAUAAAUACUUCUCAUAAAUUAACUUCAUUAAGGAUUACAAAUCUGGUUAUGCACCAAUUGAAAUAUAGAACCAGUAAGAAAAAGAAUUAAACGAGAUGGAAAAGAAUGAACAGCAAAAUGAAGAAACUCAUAAAUAACACUUUAUAAGAAGAAAGCAAACUAAUAACAUUAAUUUAAAGAGAUCUUGUGGUGUUUCCUAUGUGAAAAUGCCAGAGUCAAAGUAAGAAAAUGUGUCUGAUAUUUAUGAAAGAUUGCCUUAACUUGUAUUUUAAUGUUCGAAUGGAUAGCCAAAACUCAUGGAACAUGAAUAUUUCUACGAAAAGUUAUAUUAAAAGAUAUUUACUUCUUCAACUUAGUGGCUGCUUUGCACAUAAUUUGAAUCUGAAGAUGAGUGCUUAAUGAGAGAUUAUCUACUCUACCCUGAGAAAAGAUGGGAGCUUUGCAAAGGAAAAUACUUUGUUGUUAAAACUGUGAGUGAUAUUUGGCCAUUGUUUAUUGAAAAAUACUUUUUGUGCAUUCACUUUUUCUUUGAUUCCAAAGAGUUGAUUAAAUGCCCUUAGUUAAAAGACUUUUCUUUGGAAGAAGUUUAGAAUAUUAUUAAGUAUUCCAAUAUACAACUCGGUUUACUGUUUAAGAAGAGUAUAAAUGGCAAAAAGGCUUUCAAAAAGAGCUUAGGAGAAGCAUUUUUAGGAGAAAUAGAAAACCAUCCUAGUUCUAGAGAACCUUAGUAAGCUAAGAAGAAAGGAAGAAAAUCCAAACCUGUAGAAAAUUAAAUUGAAGAAAAAAAUGAAGAUAAAAAAACUCAAAUCGUUGCUGCUGGAGAAAACUAGCUAAAUAUGAAUAAAAAUUAAAUAAAUAAAUUCUUCAAAGAAGUUAAAAAUAAAUUAAAAUAGGACAAAUUCCUUAAUGAACUUCCAAUUUUCAAGAAAAAAAUCGAAGAUAUUUAAAAAUAUUUAUUACCAUAUAUGAAGAAAUUAACUACUUAAGAAACUGUAAUGCCUUCUUAAGAAGUUAUCAAAAGUAUCAGUGAGUUAGAAACUAAUGAGGAAAAAGUUGAGGCAAUAUUAGAAAUGAUGGAGUUCAUAUAAGAGUAAAUAAACGAUGAAGAUUACCAAAUAGGAUUACCUUAAAAGGAAACUAAGUAAAAAACUUCAGCAAAAAAGGAGAGCUUAAAAAAAUCUAACACAAACACUCCUUCCUUAAAAGCAUAAAACUCUUAAAACGGAAACGAGAUUUUUGCAUAGCUUCUAUUAAAUUAAAACAUAAAUACAAAAAAGGAUCAAAACUCUAAGAAUAGUAGUGAAGUUUUAAUUGAAGUAGUUAAUAGUGAUUCUCAGAUUUUAAACAACGGAAAAGUAAAUUUAAAGUAAAAUCCAGAGCAAGAAAAUAAAGUAGAAAAAAUUUAGUUAGAAGAAGAAGGUGAAAAAUGUUCAAAUGAUGUAGAUUAAAGCAAAUGUGAGUAAAAAACUGAGGAUAACGACAUUAAAGAGGAAAAGGAAGAGUUUAAUGAAAUAGAAGUGAAAGAAGAAAAAAUUGAAAUUGAAGAAAGUGAUUUAAAAGUAAACAACAAUGAAACUUUGGGCAGCAUAAAUACAGAUAAUUAAGGUUAAGGAUAAAAUGAAAUUUAAAUUGAGGAAGAAGUAGCUAAUCAUGAAAAAAUUGAAAUAGAAAAAAAUAUGGACUCAGAGCUCUCUAGCUAAUUAGGAUCACCUAAAAUAUAAAAUGCUUUAAAAGAAAUCGAAAACUUACAGUAAAUUUACUAGGAAACUAAUUAAAAUGCUCAAAACUUUGAUAAAUUAGACAAAUUAAAUUAAGAAAGCCAAAAGAUAUCCUGCAACAGUCCUAUUCGUGAUUCAACUUCUCAGUCUCUAUCAAAUAAACUCUUAAAUUCACCUAGUUAAACAAUUUCAACAAUUUCGAAGGAUUUAACAAUUUCAGACAAGCCAUAAAAUCUUACUGAAUAUUCUGCAAUUGUGACUGAAGAGAAUACUAUUCCUAUUCACACUUAGUCUAAUAAUGCAAAUGCAAGUGAAACAACAAAGGAAGAUUAAAAACUAACAAAUGGCCAAACUUUAGAAAUGAAAAAAGAAUCUCUUAUAUGCUAAGAAAUCCUUAACUAUAUAGACAAGGAUAUCUCAAGUAAAAAUAUCAACACAUUAUCAGCCAAACUUGAACUAUAUGUUGAAGAAAAAGGAUGGAAGGGAUCAAGUCAACUUGUAAAAAGUCUUCUAAGCACAUUCAUUUUAUAUGCGAAGGAUUAAUUUGAAAAACUUGCUCUAGAAAUGAUGAAUACCAGAUUCGGAAUAGUUAGAGAUGAAGAUGAAUAAAAACUCAACGAGACUCUAUCAAGGAUACGCUUUAUCAACAAGAAUAGCACAAAAAGAAGAUAAACUUAUGAAAACUAUUAAUAUUCUACUCGUGCCAAAUGGGAUUUCCAUGAAAACUAGCUUUAGUCACAAAAUAUUGAAAAUAAUCUUUUCUCCAAAAAGGAAAUUAAAAUUAAUGAAGAUAAAUUGUUGGCAGAUACAGAGCCAGUUACAAUAGCUAAACUUAUUGAUAAGGAAGAGGGUUACUCAGUACUUAAAAGAGGUGACCUAUCUAUGCCACUUUACUAUAUAUCUACCAGAGACUCCUUUGCAUUUGAUUUACUUGAAAAAAUAACUACUUGUCAAUUAAAUGGUAAAGUAUUCAAUAAAAUUGAAUAUUUCUUUGAUCCUAACAAUUAUCCUACAAACUUUAAAUCCUUCAUCGAUUCCUUCCCUGACUAUCGUGUAGGAGCCACUUUAUAUACAGGUUUCUUCACUCAUUAAGAAUUAAUGAGCAUUGAAAACUCUUGUUAUGAAACAGAAAUAAAGAGCUUCUAAAGACAUUAUUUCCCUAUGACUGCAUAGAUGACUUGUACAGCUCAAAAAAUAAGAAGAACAAAAUUCUUCUUCGGUUCCAGAUAUAUUUGGACAAGAUAGUAAUUAGCAGAGCCUCACUCAUUUGUUGGAGCUGGUGUGCGCUAAGAUGUAUCAUAACCACCUUCAUGGAUGAGAAGAAAAGUUGUAGGACCUUUAGAAUAAGCAGGAAUUUUACCUCCAGGUUUUAUAAAUUCUCUUGCUCUAAACGUGUAUCAUGACGGAAAAGAAGGUUUAGCAUAGCACUUUGAUGAUGCUACUAGAUUUAGAUAACCUAUUUUUACUUUUAAACUCUUCUCUGAUGCUCGUUUAUCUUUUGGUAGUCAGCUUUAUGGCUUUUGCAACUCAGCAUUUGUAAUUCCCAUGCCUAGAGGUUCUGUAUUAAAAUUAGAAGAAAAUUCAUAUGCUGCAAACGGUAUUAAGCAUUGUGUAAGACCCUGUGACAUGGCAGGAAAGAAUGCAACUAUAAUUAUGCGUUAAAUGCAUCAUAAAGUUGUGAACGAAGCAAUUAUUUAUGAUGAAAAUGUAGACCUCCCUACAUGGAUCUCAACUUUGAGUUCAAGAGAAGAUGCUGUGCCUUAUGGAGAUUAAAAAGAAAUAGAGGCUGAAUACUUAAUGAGAAACAGUGGAUAAAAUUGCUCUUGA